GAACAAAAACACAUACAAAACGUAGUUAUAACAUUUUAAUUUCAACAAGUAAAUAGCAUUGGCCAUGGCCUUUUUACUAAAAAAUUCUCUAAGAUUCGCUGUAGCGAGUCAUUUGCUAAGGUCACGAACAACAAAUAUUCAAAACUUGUCUUCAGCCUCUGCAGUGGUGUGGCAAAAGGCAAAUGUGGGAGAUAGCGAAACCGGCGGAAGCAAUACUCAAAAGAAAUCAAAGGCUUCAGUGAAAAUUACCCUCAUACAAAAUCAAAAUGUAACCGUUACUGCCUUGGAAGAGGCUCGUAAUUUGGCCAAACGCCGUUCCAUGCAUUUGGUGCAAGUACAAAAGAUGGACACUAAAACCCAAAGGCCAGUAUAUAAAUUGGUUUCCGCAGCCGAACAUUUGCAAGAGGAAUUAUCCGAUUUGAAAGCACACGAUAAAGAUGGCACAUCACCUGAUAAACCGGCUCAGAAAAAAUCUGAAAAGACGCUUAAUAUUGGAUCACGUAUAUCUGAGCAUGAUUUGGCAUCACGUCUUAAGAAUAUCUCAAAAUGGCUAGACAAACGUCAUGAGGUACGCAUUCUAAUACAAGGGACCGAGGGCGAUAUGCCAGGUUGUGAAAAAAUUUAUAAAGCCAUUGAGGAAUCUAUUAAAACUCCAGAAACUAUAGGAAAGAUAGUACAAAAACGGGCCAAAGGUUCUGUUAUAAAGUUCAACAUUCUUCCAGUUAAUAACAAUGCCAGUGAGAAAUCAGCAACGAAUAACCCCAAUCAAUGACUUGCAGUGGUGGGCCAUUGUGAUACAGCUCUUAUGAAUAAGUUUAUAGCUCGCAGCUACUCCUCGUCCUCCCCCUCCUCCACUGGUGGUUGUCAACGUAGCUCAGAUCAUAGUUUGCCUGUCCACAAUAGCAGUAGUAAAAAUAACCUAAAAUUGGCCUUAUUUACAGUGGCUAUCAUAACACUCAAAUAUUAUUUUUGGUGGUCUUAUAUGAAGACUCCUAGUUCAUCAACACCCAAUGCAAGCAAUGAAAAAAAGGCUUCAAGCCAAGAAACUUAAAUUAUAAGGAAAAAGUCAAGCUUACUCCCCAUGUAUGUUAAAAAUGUUUUGUAUUUUUAUUAAAUAAUAAUCUUAAGUAAUUAGCAAAUAA